AUGCUCGAUUCUUCCUUUUCAAGAGUUGAUUUGGUCAGCAAAGUGGCCAGCGUCUUCGAUCCGUUGGGUACAGCAUCGCCCUUUAUCGUCAAGGCUAAGAUCCGUUUGAGAAUUUUGGGUCUCAAAGGGCUCGGAAGGACGGAUUUAAUUACUGGUGACGACGAAAUUUGGUGGAGAAAAUGGUUUCUCUCUUUAGAGCAGCUCAACACGAUGAAAAUGCCACGAUGUCUGUUUCCCGAUCGAGCCCAGAUCUCCACGGUUGAUCUUCACGCCUUUGGAGACGCUUCGGAAGAAGCCUAUGCUGCCGUUAUCUACCUUCGCGUUGUCUACUCAGAUGGCAGGAUACUGGUACGUCAAGUCAAGGCAGCGAAUAAGAUCGCCCCGAAGAAAACUAUUUCAGUGCCCAAGCUGGAAUUGAAUGCUGCGUUACUAGCUGCUCGUCUUCUUCGAACGGUUCAUUCCAUCCUCGAGCCAAUGAUUCAACGGCGUUUUCUCUGGACGGAUAGCAGUACGGUCCGGAAUUGGAUCCGGGCGACCGCGGCUUACUACCAAGUCUUCGUGAGCAAUCGCGUCGGAGAAAUUCAGACCAUCACGGAGCCAGAAGAGUGGCGUUUUAUUCCAGGAGUAUUAAACCCAGCCAAUCUCGCCACCCGUUCAUCGAUUGAUGAACAGCCAAUUCCGUCCAUGUGGUUGGACGGACCGGAAUUCUUACUUCAAUCGGAAGAUAGCUGGCCAGUGGAUCUCCCAUGGAUGGCUGUAACUGAAGAAAUGCGCUCGUGCCGUUCAUAUUCUGCCGCCGUAAAGAAGGAUACUGGUCAUUGGAAGGAGAUUCAAAUAGGAUUCGGCGACAUUCCAGCCCUAUCCAAGCUGGACGAGAAAUAUCAAGAGCUGGUCAAGGCGUGUCAGUCGGAGGUGUACGAAAAGGAGUUGCAUCGUCUCAAGAAGGGCAAACCGCUCCAUUCUACUUCGAGUCUGUUGGCCUUGGCUCCUGUGUUCGGUCCAGAUGGCGUGUUACGGCUUGGAGGACGGGCUGGACGCGCAAAACUACCAUACGACCAGUUACAUCCACCUCUGCUUCCCGGGAGUCAUCCAUUCACCGAGAAAAUCAUCAUCGCCUUUCAUGAACAUCUUAAGCAUGUUGGUACGGACUUCCUGCUGUCUUAUAUUCGCCAGCAUUUUUGGAUAACGAGCGGGCGAGAAGCAAUAAAACGGAUCCGACGGAAUUGCGUUAUUUGUCGAAGAAACCGAGCGCAACCUGGCGAGCAGUUGAUGGGAGAUCUCCCCGAUUCGCGAUUGGACUCCGGUUCUCUUCCCUUUACACGGACCGCCGUCGAUUUGUUCGGCCCAUUUGAAGUCGGUCUCAUUCGGAAUCGCACGGCCAAACGAUGGGGCGUGCUAUUUACGUGUAUGGUCACCCGAGCAGUUUUUCUGGAGCUCGUCCCAUCUCUUUCGACGUCAGACUUUCUUCUAGCAUUGAGAAAGUUCAUUUCUUUGUAUCGAAAGCCGGAAGUCAUACAUUCCGACAAUGGAACCAACUUUGUCGGUGCUGAACGAGUGUUACGAGAAGCAGUGGAGAAAAUGUAUGCAGAUGAAGCUAUUCCAAAAUUCCUAAAAGAAGUCAACAUCAAAUGGACCUUCCAGCCAGCCCGGACCCCACAUUUUGGUGGCACGCACGAAUCGCUGGUCCGAUCCACCGAACGAGCCCUGUACAACGCCUUAGAGCAAGAAGGGGACAAAUUUCGUUACCCAACAGAAGACUUGUUCCGCACAUUGCUGUAUGAAGUAGCUGGACUUCUAAACACCCGGCCGUUGACCUACGCUAGCUCGGAUCCGGAGGAUUUUCGUCCGCUCACUCCGAACGAUUUCCUAAAUCGGCCGCCGACGUCAUAUCCGCCUGCUGGAUCCUUCGACGAUGCUUCGCCUCGAGAGCACUAUCGCUACCUGCAGCGGGUGCUAAAUUUGUUUUGGAGCAUGUGGAAAACUACGUAUUUGCAGUUGUUAGCUGCAAGAAAGAAGUGGAAGAUCAAGCGUCCAAAUCUGGAAGUGGGCGACGUCGUAUUGGAGAUCAACAAGAACUUCCGGCGUGGAGAGUGGAGUAUUGGACACGUCGCCAAGGUAUUCCCAGAUACAGAUGGAUGUGUUCGAGCUGUCGAUAUUCAACUUCCAACCGGAAUCUUUCGCCGAGGAAUAACUGAACUUUGCCUACUAGAAUCCAGCUCGUCCGUCCAACCGGACUCGGGGGAGAAUGAAUCGGCAAAAUCUGUAUUAUUACAAUCUGGCAACGUCUAA